CAUCAAAAUGACAUUUUUUUUGACAAGUUUUUUAUUAUCGUUGUCGUCGGGAUGACCGGCAAAAUGGAUGAUAUAUCUCAUUUGCCAGAUACUGUUUUAGAAUUGAUAUUUUCAUUUUUAAAUCUUCCAUCAUUGAGAAAUUGUUCAUUAGUGUGUAAAAAUUGGUGUAGAAUACUUUGUGAUGAGAAUAAUGACAUUUGGCGAUUACAUUGUAUACGUGAAUUGGGCCAGGAAGUAUUAAGUUCAGGAUUAUUAUCAUCUGUACCUACUUAUAAAUCAAAAUUAAGAGCAUUUCGUCAUGCAUGGAAUCCAAAUGAUUGUUCAAGAAAUAUUUUCAUUAAAUCAAAUGGAUUUACAUUGCAUAGAAAUCCCGUGGCACAAAGUACAGAUGCAGGAAGAGGUAAAAUAGGUUUUCGACAUGGAAGACAUGCAUGGGAAGUAAUUUGGGAAGGACCAUUGGGAACAGUUGCAGUUAUUGGAAUAGCAACAAAAGAGGCAUCUCUUUUAUGUCACGGUUAUGUUUCACUUCUUGGCUCCGAUGAGCAUUCAUGGGGUUGGAAUAUUGUUGACAAUCAUCUUUUACAUAAUGGUGAUGCAUUAGGAAAUUAUCCUUCACUCAACAAUGCUCCCAAGUAUCAGAUCGGCGAGAGAAUUAGAGUAAUUUUAGAUUGUGAGGAUAAUACAUUGUCCUUUGAGAGAAAUUAUGAAUUUUUAGGCGUAGCAUUCAGAGGACUUCCAGAUAAAAAAUUAUACCCUUCAAUUUCGGCUGUUUAUGGAAAUACAGAAGUUUCAAUGGUAUAUUUAGGUCCUCCUCUGGAUGGGUAACAUUUUUGAAUUUAAAUUCAAAUUUUUAAAUGGUUCAUUAUUCAAAAAAAAAAGUGAUUCCCGAAGUUUUUUUUUUAGAAAAACAAGAUUCCAAAGUCACUUUAAUUGAAUUUGAAAGUGUGAUUGACUUUUUGUAAAUAGACUGAGACAUAUUUAGUUUACAAUCCACAAUAGGGUAUUAUUAUUAUUAUUCGUGUAAAUUAAAGAUGUCUAUCUUAAGGCAUGAUAACUUAAUGAAAACGAUAUUCAAAGAUGUAGAGUAAGAAAAUUCUUACUUGACGUAAAUAAGUUGAAUUAUUCUUCUGCAAAUGAGAUUUUAUAUAUCUCUCGUUGUUUUUCAUAUUUUUUAAAAUUAAGUUCUUCCUAUCUCUUAUUGAGAAAAACUUUUUUUUUAAUUUUGGAGUAGUGUUUAUAUAUAGGACAAAUUGUACGUUACAAUUUGACACGAUUUUUUUGUUUUUAUAAGAUAUUACCUUAUAAAAAGAAAAAAGAAAGAAAAUUCGAACAUUAAUAUAACAUUUUAAUGUACAUACAUUUUUCCGAUAAUGUAAUAAUUGUAUUUCUCUCAUGUAGAAUUCAGCGAUUUAAUUUUUCUAAAAGAAAAGAAGAGAAAAAAACAAACUUUUGUACAGAACAAUGUACAUAGUGAUAUUUCUAAAAAAUAAAGCUUGUUU